GCAUUUCGCGCGAAAACUUCUGAAAAAGCUCGUGUGCAUCUUGUGUUUGACGGGACAGGGAGAACAUUAUUGUUAUAACUUCGUAGUAACAAUUAAUUACAAAAAUGGAUGUUGUGGAACAAGGAACAAAUACGAAUGCUGGUCAGAUGAUCAAGGACGAACUGGCGGAAAAAUGCCAAAAAUUAUUCCAGGCUUUUUUGGAAGAGUUUCAGAACAGUGAUGGAGAAGUGAAGUACCUGCGGGACGCAGAGGAGUUGAUCCGGCCGGAGAGAAACACACUCGUGGUCAGUUUCACCGACCUGGAGGGCUUUAAUCAAGAACUGGCAACCGCCAUCCAGGAAGAGUUCUAUAGACUUUACCCCUUCCUGUGCCGUGCUGUGCGUAAUUUUGCUCGGGAUCAUGGAGAAGUUCCGAUCUCAAAGGAAUUCUAUGUGGCCUUCCAGGAUCUACCAACCAGACACAAGAUCCGUGAGCUGUCCAUGAUGAAGGUUGGCUCACUUGUGCGCAUCAGUGCCCAGGUUGUCCGUACUCACCCGGUUCACCCUGAGCUGGUGAGCGGCACCUUCCUGUGUUUGGACUGUCAGGGAGUGAUAAAAGACGUGGAGCAGCAGUUUAAAUACACUCAGCCAAGCAUUUGCCGCAACCCUGUGUGCAACAACCGUAGACGAUUUCUCCUGGAUACAAACAAAUCCAAAUUCAUUGACUUCCAGAAGGUGCGUAUCCAGGAGACACAGGCUGAGCUGCCACGGGGCUGCAUACCUCGUAGUAUGGAGGUGAUUCUGCGGGCCGAGGCUGUGGAGUCGGCACAGGCUGGUGAUAAAUGUGACUUCAUUGGUUCCCUCAUUGUUGUGCCAGAUGUAUCCCAGCUGUCCACACCAGGUGUGCGUUCUGAGACCAGCUCUCGUACAGCUGGGGUGCAAGGUUACGAGAAUGAGGGUCUCCGUGGGCUUAAAGCGCUGGGUGUCAGAGAACUUUCCUACAAACUUGCUUUCUUGGCGUGCCACGUAGCCCCCACCAAUCCCAGAUUUGGCGGUAAGGAGAUCCGGGAUGAGGAGCAGACAGCGGAGAGUAUCAAGAAACAGAUGACGGUACAGGAGUGGGAGAAGGUGUUUGAGAUGAGUCAAGAUAAAAACCUCUACCACAACCUCUGCACCAGCCUCUUCCCUACCAUUCAUGGUAAUGAUGAGGUAAAGCGGGGGAUUCUGCUCAUGUUGUUCGGAGGGGUUCCUAAAACCACCAUGGAGGGCACAUCUCUGAGAGGAGACAUCAACGUCUGCAUCGUUGGAGAUCCCAGCACAGCCAAGAGCCAGUUCCUUAAACAUGUUGAGGAGUUCAGUCCCCGUGCGGUCUACACCAGCGGUAAAGCCUCCAGCGCGGCCGGUCUCACAGCCGCUGUGGUGAGAGAUGAGGAAUCACACGAGUUUGUCAUUGAAGCCGGAGCACUCAUGUUGGCUGACAAUGGGGUUUGCUGCAUUGAUGAGUUUGAUAAGAUGGAAACAAGAGACCAAGUAGCCAUCCAUGAGGCUAUGGAGCAACAGACCAUCUCCAUCACCAAAGCCGGGGUCAAGGCCACUCUGAAUGCUCGCACAUCCAUCUUGGCUGCAGCAAACCCAGUGAACGGACGUUAUGACCGCUCCAAAUCUCUCAAGCAGAACAUCAACCUGACGGCACCCAUCAUGUCACGUUUUGAUCUCUUCUUCAUCCUGGUAGACGACUGCAAUGAGGUCACUGAUUAUGCCAUUGCCAGACGUAUAGUGGAUCUCCACUCCAGAAUUGAGAAUUCUGUCGAGCGUGUCUACAGUCUAGAUGAGAUCCGCAGAUACCUGCUGUUUGCUCGCCAGUUCAAACCAAAGAUCUCAAAGGAGUCUGAGGAAUUCAUUGUGGAGCAGUACAAGCGACUGAGACAGCGGGACGGCUCCGGAGUCACUAAAUCAGCUUGGAGGAUCACAGUACGGCAGCUGGAAAGCCUGAUUCGUCUUUGUGAGAGCAUGGCAAGGAUGCACUGUUGUGAUGAGGUUCAGCCAAAGCAUGUCAAAGAGGCUUUCAGGCUGCUGAACAAGUCUAUUAUUCGGGUCGAGACUCCCGAUAUUAAUCUGGACCAGGAGGAAGAGGAGGCCAUGGAGGAGGAAGGAGAUGACAAUCAGAUGAAUGGCCAUGACCAUGCACCUAAUGGUGUGAAUGGAGAUGUUAAUGGAGAAGCGAAUGGUCACGAGCAUACAAAUGGUAUUAACGGUCACGGGGUCAACGGUGAUAGCGCCAAACCCUCACUGCGACUGUCAUUUGCAGAGUAUAAACGAAUUUCUAACCUGUUGGUGUUACAUCUGCGUCACGCUGAGGAAGCCGAGGACGAGACUGCGCUUAAGAAGAGUGAAGUAGUGAACUGGUAUCUGAAGGAAAUCGAAUCCGAGAUUGAUUCAGAAAUGGAACUCAUCAAUAAGAAGGCAAUGAUAGAGAAAAUUAUCUACAGACUGGUUCACUAUGAUUACAUUUUGAUUGAGCUGACACAGUCUGGGCUGAAAGGAUCAGCGGAGUCCAGUGGAACAGAAUCCCAGGAGGAAGACGUCACGCUGGUGGUCAACCCCAAUUAUACUUUUGAUGACUAAACUUUUUGACCUUGACAUUUUCUGCUGUAUUCACUCAAAGUGUUAGGGAUUUUAUUAGAGAUGGCAUUCUGAAAGUGGGGGUGUGCUUCUUCAGUCCCUUCUCUUUUUGUAAAUUUUUAGCUUUUUCCCCACAAUGUUUUUGCAUUGCUUCGUAAGGAUGGUUAUAACCAUUCUCAUUUUUAUGAGGAUUUGUGACCUUGCAAAAAAAAAAAGAUUUUUGUAAAUAUGUUUUUUUUUAUUCUAGUGUUUUAGAACAUUUUAAAAUUUUAGAAAUUGUCAUGCAUAAAGUGUCUUUCAUAUAUAGUUUAUCAUGUUUUGUUAAGUGCUGUCAAAGUGUAAUUCUAUUAUAAGUUGUGUUCAUUAUGCAAUGAAUAAUAACAUGUUUAUUUGCUGAAAAACAUGUAAUGUUUAAAACAAAUGAGAUCACUGAUGUCGGUUGUCAGUAGAAAUUGCUCGUUCAAAUCCCUUGUAUUAAUAUCCAUAUAUUAAUAAAAAUACAAACUGAAAAAAUAGA